UCAGUUUCUUCUGAAGAAAAAAAACCCUAACGCGCCAUAACAGAAAAGCCUGAAGUCGGGGGCUUCUUUCUCUGUGGAGCUCGAAGCGAUUGAGCUGAUAAACGUAGCACUUUCAGUUUAUCUAUAAAAGCUAUGGCUGUCCAAACUCGUGUCCGUCUUAUAUCUUAUGAGCAGGAGCUUGUAGAUGGACAGCCAAUUUAUGUUUCCUCAAAUUGUGUUCCUGUUAAGGCUGUGAAGUAUGAACCUGCUGGACAUGCGUUCCAUUGUGCUGCCCUUAAACUUAUUGGUUGUGAUGAGGAAGAUGAUACAAAAGCUGAUGAACAGAAAGUUUCAAAUGAUAAGGAACAAGCUUAUGUGCCCUCAUCUGAUUCGUACAGCACCAAAGGAAAGAAGAAGUCCGGUGGUGAAGGCAAGCAACAGGAUCAUUAUGCAUUGUUGGGUUUGGCCCAUUUGAGAUAUCUUGCUACUGAGGAUCAGAUAAGGAAAAGCUACCGUGAAACUGCCUUGAAGCAUCAUCCUGAUAAACUAGCUGCCCUUCUACUUGCUGAGGAAACUGAAGCUGCAAAACAAGCAAAGAAGGAUGAAAUUGAGAAUCACUUUAAGUCCAUUCAGGAAGCAUAUGAAGUUUUAAUUGAUCCUGUAAAGAGAAGAAUUUAUGACUCCACAGAUGAGUUUGAUGAUGAAAUACCCAUUGAUUGUGCACCUCAAGACUUCUUCAAGGUGUUUGGUCCAGCUUUUAUGAGGAAUGGUCGGUGGUCGGUUAACCAGCCGGCUCCAUCUUUGGGUGAUGACAAUACUCCAAUGGAAAAUGUUGACAAUUUCUAUGAUUUUUGGUAUACCUUUAAAAGCUGGAGAGAAUUCCCACAUGCUGAUGAGUAUGAUCUUGAGCAAGCCGAAUCUCGUGACCAUAAAAGGUGGAUGGAGAGGCAGAAUGCAAAACUCAGUGAGAAAGCAAGGAAGGAAGAAUAUGUUAGGAUACGUUCCCUUGUUGACAAUGCCUAUAAAAGAGACCCAAGAAUACUAAGGAGAAAAGAAGAGGAGAAAGCUGAGAAGCAGAGGAGAAAGGAAGCUAAGUUCCUUGCCAAGAAGCAGCAGGAGGAAGAAGCUGCAAGGGCCGCUGAGGAGGAGAAACGCAAGAAAGAAGAGGAAGAAAAGCGAGCUGCUGAAGCUGCUGUACAGCAGAAGAAAAUGAAGGAGAAAGAGAAGAAACUCCUUCGGAAAGAGAGGACUCGCCUUCGAACACUCUCUGCGACUGCUUUAUCCCAACAUUUGUUUGAUCUUUCUGAGAAUGAUAUAGAAAAUCUCUGCACGUCACUUGGCAUUGAACAAUUGAGAGAUUUAUGUGAUGAGAUGGAGAAAAAAGAAGUUCUGGAGCAAGCAAAGAUUCUCAGAGAUGCAAGUGCAUAUAAGAAUGAUAUGGCGGAAAAGGGUGAAAACAAGAAAGAAAGCAGCCACAAAAAUGGUUUUAUGGAGGCUAAUGGAAGCGUCAAAUUGAGCAGCUUUGAGAAGAAGGAGAAACCUUGGAACAAGGAAGAGAUUGAGCUUCUAAGGAAAGGAAUGCAAAAAUACCCCAAAGGAACAUCUCGGAGGUGGGAGGUUAUUUCAGAGUUCAUUGGUACUGGAAGAUCUGUAGAAGAGAUUCUAAAGGCAACCAAAUCGGUCCUCCUCCAGAAGCCUGAUGAUUCAAAAGCCUUUGAUUCUUUUCUUGAGAAGAGGAAACCUGCACCAUCCAUUUCAUCUCCUCUUUCAACCAGAGAGGACUUAGGUGCUUCAACACCUCAGGGGCCUCAAAGCAGUGCUGUGAAGACAGACAGCUUGGAAGAAUCUUCCAGUAAGAGUGCAAAUAAUCCUGCUGGUGGGAUUGCUGCUAAUGAAGUAUCUUCAAGUUCAGAACAAGAUGUGUGGUCUGCUGUACAAGAAAGGGCAUUGGUUCAGGCUUUAAAGACAUUCCCCAAGGAGACCAGUCAGCGUUGGGAGCGAGUAGCUGCUGCAGUUCCUGGGAAGACAGUAAACCAGUGCAAGAAGAAAUUUGCAUCGCUGAAGGAGAACUUUAGAAACAAGAAAAAUGCAAUUUAAGGUUUUUGGAUUUCCCUUGCCCCUGCUACUGAUAUGGUGAUAUUGAGUGGGUUGUCUCAAAUUCUUCCCCUCCUCAAAGUUAGAAGCUGCUCAAUCUACAAGAUAGGUGAGAAAUAAACACACUUUUUGUCAUACCUAGCUUUUAUCAUGUCAUAAAGACCAGUGCUAAGUUUUUUGAAGAGGAAGAGGUGGUGAGCUUUUGUUUAGGGAGAGAAAUGUCAUACACCUCAUUCUGUUGGUUUUACAGAGAGAAGUGUAGUAGUAUCUACGUUCAUGCCAUAGUUACCUCUUUUUGUGACACAACUCCAGCUAAUAUGUACUGUGGAGAGUUCGGCACCUAAAAGGCAGUUAAAAUGAUUUUACAAUUUGAAUUGAAUAGGGUGAUAUUACUAUCAGCAAAUUCUUUAUGGGGUUUCCUUUCUUCUUCUUCUCUUCAAUUUAUAUAGCAAAAAUAUCUGGAAUAAUUAUCUGUUAGAAAA